UUCAGUGAGUUGUGCAUAGAAAUAAUUUUCUAAAAGAGACAUAAGACCUUGAAGAAAUGGCCUCUAAUCGAGCGGUUUUCACUGCCGGCUUUAUUCACAUAAUACUCGGGAUUUCGGUAUGCCUUUCGCAAGCUGCGGAUCGCUGUUCGCCCGCUCCGAAUUUGGGAAGCUGGAUAUUCGCGGGAGCCCUCAUGCUGCUGGCCAGCGAUAUUAAAAUGUAUCCGGAUCGCUAUAAGCACCUGCCGUAUGCCAUUCAGUUUCUGGUGGAGACGAUCGGGUCCCUGGCCAUCCUAGAGUUCUUCUCCUUCGUGGUUUGGUGCAUGCUGGAACGGCUGAUACACCACCUGGUGAGGCUGCUGUUUUUAUCCUUGGGAAUGAGCGAUGAGAUUUACCUGGCCCUGGAGUACUGGCUCCUUCUGAUUCCCACCACUGCUGCGGCUGGCACCCUGUUGAUGAUAAUGAAAAUGGCCAUCUUACCUCUUUUCGAUAUCAAGACAGUCUAUGAAAAGCAGGAAAUAAAGGUGCAUCUGGACAGGGAUAUUUACAUUGACCUAAUUGCUGCCCAAAAUGUGCCCAAAAAGAGGAGGUAUAAUCGUCGAUACAGUACUUAAGUUAAAAUGUAAAUUUGUUUAGUGUUUUUAUAUACAUAAUUUAUGUGUUGAACUAAUAGCAAUAAAUAAUAUUAUAAAAAG